AAAAAAUGCUUGCAGAAAUUGAUUCUAUUGUACCUACAUUUUCUGAUAAAUUAUCAUGUAACGAUCUCAAAAAACUAAAAUAUUGUGAAGCUAUAAUUAAAGAAGUUAGCCGUAUAAUGCCAUCGAUAUCUUUUACAUUCCGUCACACCACUACUGAAUGUGAAGUUGCUGGAUAUAAAUGGCCAGCUGGUACCGAUUUUCAUUUAAAUUUUGCAGGAGGACAUAUUCACCCUGAGAGUUGGGAUAAUCCUAAAAUUUUUAAUCCGGAUAGGUGGCUUUAUGAUAAUGAUGGUAAGAUCGAUAGAUCUGCUUGGAUGCCGUGGGGUGGAGGUAAACGUAUAUGUCCUGCAAAAAAUCUGUCAAAUAUCGUGUUACUUUUAUUAAUGUCUUCGUUAUAUAAAAAUUGUAAUGUAGAAUUAGUGAAUGAGCAUGAGGCAUUGAAAAUUCAUACUCAAUUAGUUUCUUAUUGUACAGAGUUGAAAGUUAGAGUUAGUCCUCGAACUUGA